AAACGGGACGAGCGCAGCAUCAAGAACACAGGCAUUCGGGUGGUGGAUUUCGGCAGUGCCACUUUCGAUCACGAGCAUCACAGCACCAUCGUCUCCACGCGGCACUACCGGGCACCCGAAGUCAUUUUGGAACUCGGCUGGACCCAACCCUGCGACGUCUGGAGCGUUGGCUGCAUUAUCUUCGAGUAUUACAUGGGCUUCACCUUGUUCCAGACCCACGACAAUCGCGAGCACCUGGCGAUGAUGGAGCGUAUCCUAGGCCCCAUCCCAUCGAGGAUGAUCCGAAAAACCAGGAAGCAGAAAUAUUUCUACCACGGACAUUUGGACUGGGAUGAGAAUACCUCGGCGGGGCGCUACGUGCGUGAAAAUUGCAAGCCGCUCCGGGUAAGCCGGGGGCCUGUUCCUGCCUCCCACCGGCCCGACCAAGUUGGAUUCCUUCAGGAAACCAGCAUAAUGCAUCGUAACGUGAUAGAAAUAACAUGCCGGUCACCAAAGCGUCCGGAUUUUGAUCUCGUGACCCACAGCGACACCGCU